UGGAUUGAACUUUCAGAAGCUGAAAAAAUCUUGUUUGUCAUUCAACAAUUGGAUUUGGUUCUUCUGAACCCAGGUGUUUGACAUUGGAGUGAUUAAUACAGUGAUUUAAAUAGUCUAAUGCAAGUCCUCAGCUUCAAGAUGUAUAUAGCCAAGCCAAACCAAGAUUUAGCGAAAGUUAAAUGUUGCCACGGAAACCAACUGCCGUAAAAUGUUUGAAACAGGCGCGAAUUUGUUUCACCCCACUCUGUAUAGUUCCUUCUCCACAGUGUUCGCUCUUAGUCAUCACAAAACUUCGACAGAACCAAUUGAAGACGUAUGAAUUUGUCAAUUGCGUAUUUUCAAAAGAGAGACAUUUCAAAAUGACUCCCACUCCGGAGAAUAAUUCAGUUCCACGACAACGCUCGUCUCAAGAGAACGUGAAUGGAAACGAUGGAUUGCCAUUACCAAACGAAGAUGGAAACAAUUCACUUAACAGUAUCAAGAGAUUGAGCAACGAUCAGUUUAGCGACAAAGAUGACAUGCGGAUGAAGCGGCAGGUUGGACUGUUCAGUGGCGUUACCCUUAUCGUGGGAACUAUGAUCGGCUCCGGCAUAUUUGUAUCAGCGGGAAGUCUUCUAGCCAAUGCGGGGUCUCCUGGAUUAUGUCUCGUCCUCUGGGGUGUGUGUGGUGUUUACUCUUUACUAGGUGCCAUAGCUUAUUGCGAGAUUGGUACGUUGAUACCUAAAUCUGGAGGAGAAUACAUAUAUUUUCUUGAAGCAUUUGGGCCGACGCAUAAAUUCUUUGGGCCAAUAUUAGCCUUCAUCUUCGCUUGGGUUACAGUUUUUCUAAUUAACCCUUCAUCAGUAGCAAUUUUAUCGCUUUCAUUCGCCAAGUAUUUAAGCUCACCUAUCCUGACGGCAGUAAAUUUUUGUCCGGAUGAAUAUCUAACCUACGUUUUAGAUCGACUUCUGGCUACCAUUUGCAUAGGUGCCAUUACUUUUGUUAACUGUAACUCGGUAAAGGGCGCUACGCACGUACAAAACAUUUUCACGGUUGGAAAACUGACUGCCAUUGCCAUCAUUAUUGGUGGAGGAUUGUAUUACCUAGGUUUAGGGUACACUGAAAAUCUGGAAAUUGGGUUUGAAGGAUCAGCCUCUUCGUUCGGGCAAAUAGCUACAGCAUUCUAUGGAGGACUCUGGGCUUAUAGUGGCUGGAACAAUCUAAACUUUAUUACGGAAGAGCUGAAAAAUCCGUACAGGAAUCUGCCGUUGGCCAUUAUUAUCGCUCUUCCAUUAACCACCAUCUGCUAUGUGCUCAUCAACGUUUCCUAUCUAACUGUUUUAACACCACAACAGAUAAUCUCCUCGGAUGUGGUUGCUGUGGACUGGGGAGAUGCAGUGCUGGGCUCUGCCAGUUUCUUAAUUCCGCUAGGAGUAGUGAUAUCAGUUAUUGGUACAACAAAUGGAACGUUGUUUGCUGCAGGAAGGAUCUCACAUGUUGUUGGGCGAGAAGGUCAAUCUCCUGAUUUUCUCUCUUACAUACACUUCGAAAGGAAGACGCCUAUUGCCCCAAUUUUGUUGACCAGCCUCUUGGGGAUACUUAUGAUCAUCCCAGGAGAUAUAGCUUCGCUAAUAGAUUUCUUCGGAUUCGCAAUUUCAAUCUUUUAUUGCGCUGCUAUGGUGGCAUUGAUAGUAAUGAGAUUCACGAAAAAAGACGAACAUAGACCAAUUAAGGUGCCCAUCAUCAUUCCAGUUAUUGUUAUGGUGGUUUCAGCUAUCCUGGUUGUCGCACCCAUAGCCGCGGCUCCACAAGUGCAAUACUUCUAUGUCCUACUUUUCAUUUCCACUGGUCUUAUUUUCUACAUACCUUUCGUAUACUAUAAGAAAUCGUUACCGGGAAUAAGUUUCAUCACAAUUUUCUUCCAGAAGUUAUUUCAGAUAGUCCCAACUAGUCACGAAUUUGAAGAAAGAUAAUAAAUAUGACAAAUCAUCACGAGUCAUAAUUUGUGAACCUCCAUACACUUGCGCAAUUUUUUUAGUAAUUGUCAAUUGUUCACUCCAAAAAAAUCAAGUUGCAGACAAAAGAACUACCGAACCAGACCGAACUACAUAUUUAAUUCAACAAACAAUACAUUAAAAUCUGACAACAAGGGAACAUAAAUAAAAAAUUUUAUCACAUGCACUUACCUCUAUCUCCUCAUUGGUUAGCAUAUUCAAUAACAGGUUGAACAUCAAACAUCCGUCGAAACCUAAAGCAAAACAAACAAAUUUAACUUCAGACAAGAAUAAAUUAUCACAGGCAAAGCUCAUUGAACAAUGGGUUAAUGAUUCUUCAGUAAGUCCAAGUCUCCAACCAACAUAUACUAAAUUGAACUAUAUGUAAAACCGUAUUUUCGAAACAGAUGAAGAAACUUAGCCACAUCUUGCUGCAGGAUUAAUAAGGAGAGAUGUACAGGUGGCAAGAUACGAUAUUUUAGUAAAAUGGGCAGCACUUAAAGCCAAGCAAUGUGAACAAAAGCUACAUAUUGGGUUUUGGCCAACAGGCCAAGUAAUUAAAAAAGGGUAGAACCACUUUAAAUUCACAAAUGAAUCUAUUCGGAAUUGUCAAUCAACUAUACUUCUGCACCAAAUUUCCUUGCAAGAUAAUGGUGAACUAUCCGGACUUUUCAUCUUCGCCAUCAUUUGUGAUUAUUAACAUUUGCUGUUGCCUUUGCCUUACACAAUCCACUGUUCAAGUGCUGUUGCCCGGGUGCUGAAA